AUGUUAGUCAAGAAGAAACAAGUCUCGUCCGACUACGGCUUCUGGCAUUCGCCAAUCUCCGCCGACUUUGUUGUUUCCAAAGUCCGGUCCCUCAUCGCUCCUCGUGUUUGUGUAUACGAAUACGGUGCCGGCUUAUACGACGUGCUACCCGACGGCCGGCUCAUCUUCUCCGACCAAGACAACGCAGUGAGGAUCCUGGAGCCGGACGCCAAAUACUCCUCCGUUUUGCUCAAGUCUCCCGUCCUGCGAUACUCGAGCUUCCACGCAAACACAAAGACCCCCUGGGUGCUCGCCAUCGAAGAGGACCACACCGAGGACACGCCGGCCAAGAUCAGGAACCAUCUCGUUACCAUCAACAUCCUGACGGCUAAAGUCAAGAGAAUCGUCACUGGUGCCGACUUUUACUAUCUGCCGCAGUCCAAUGCGGAUGGAAGCAGGAUUGCUUGGCUCGAAUGGAACCACCCGGGGCUCUUCAUUGACGCCUGCAAGCUGUACGUUGCUGAUUUCCAUCUGGAUGGCACUAUCAGCCGUGUCCGCCACGUCGCUGGCGGAAACGGCGAGAGCACGACCGAGCCUCGAUGGGGCGUGGACGGAGCUACUUUGUUCUUUGCUCAGGAAACUGGUGGCUAUCGCCAGCUGUUCAGGCUCAAUCCCGGUAGUGCCUCUCCCAGCAAGAUCCAGCUCAGGGGCUUGGAGACUUCAGAGUUGGGCGAAAUCAGCUUCUUCGAGGGCAGCCGUACGUUUGCCCCCGUCACGGAAAGGUAUCUGGCAGCAGUCGGAACGUCCAAUGGCACGUGUCGCCUCCUCAUCAUCGAUCUCAACGACAACUCGUGGCGAGAGGCUGCUGAUGGAGACGUUCUCUGUCGAAUCGGUUGGGAUGCCGUUGUUCGAUUCGACGACUCUCACGUCCUUGUAGUCGGCACCGGGACUGACGUUCCCCAGGCAGUUCACAAGGUCAACGUUCACCAGCCGGAACGCAGCAAGAUCCUGCGCCUCUCGAUUGACGAGCAGUUUCCCAAGGCCCUCAUUGCCCAGCCCGACCCCGUCUGUAUCUCCUCCAAGGGCUUCCCGAACCAUACCAUCUACGGCUUCUUCUGGGAACCCACCAGCGACAAGUACGAAAUCGACCUGAGCGUCCCAUUCCCGCUCAUCAUCAACGCCCACGGCGGCCCAACCGGUCACGCAGGCCCCGGACUCUCAUACAGGAUCCAGUACUUUACCUCUCGAGGCUAUGGCUACUUUGCCAUAAACUACACGGGCUCGACCGGGUACGGACGAGACUUCCGCAACGCCCUAUGGGGGAAUUGGGGCCAUGUUGAUGCCGCUGAUGUCGAUGCUGCAGCAAGCUGGUUCGGCCAGAUCAGCGCCAUCGGGAACAUUGGCAUCACCGGCAUCAGCGCUGGUGGCUAUAAUACCCUGCAGUGCCUGACGCGGUUCCCCAAUACAUUUGCUGGCGGAGUUUGUGCCUCUGGCAUCUCAGAUCUGAAAAAGUUCGAUGAGAAGACGCACAAGCUGGAGUCGCACUACACGCAGGCACUCACCCUUCCCAAGGACGCAAAUGACAAGGAGCGAGACGACAUCUACAGAGAGCGCAGUGCGCUUUACAAUGUCGAAAAGAUCAAGUCUCCCCUGUUGCUGCUGCACGGCCAAGAAGACACAGUUGUGCCCCUGGAACAGGCGCGGUUGAUGGCGGCGUCGCUUGAGGAGAAGGGGAAAGAUGUCAGGCUUGUGGAGUUUCCAGGGGACGGACACAUGCUUGCUCACCCGGAGAGUGCAAAAGGAUGGCUGGAGGAAGAGGAGAAGUGGUGGAGGAAGACUUUGCUCUGA